ACCGAUUCCCCGAUAAACAACGCGGCUGCCCUGCAACAACCGAGAGCGGUGCACGGACUGAGGACUGACCGGAGGAAGGGACUGCCCCCCUCAACCCCCCCGCCCCUCCACAAAGCCCGUCUUCAUAGAUGAAGGGUCCCUCUAUCUAUGGCCUUCUCCAGGUGACCUCCAGUGACCUCAGUCACUCCUGACUGCAGCUUCUAUCCCUGAUCCGUCAGAAAACACGAUGCAGUGUGAGGAGGGGACAGAGUGGCUGCUGGAGUUGCUGACAGAUGUACAGUUGCAGCAGUACUUCCUGCGCAUCCGCGAUGAUCUCAAUGUCACGCGACUCUCCCACUUUGACUACGUCAAAAAUGAAGACCUGGAGAAGAUCGGCAUGGGGCGCCCUGGUCAAAGGAGGCUGUGGGAAGCAGUCAAGAGGAGAAGAGCCCUUUAUAAACGCAAGUCCUGGAUGAGCAAGGUGUUUCCAGUGAAACGGUCUGACGCUGACCCCCAGCAGCCCCAGCCCCAGGGGGCGUCAUCCAGCCAGGCCCCAGCCAGUAGCGAGUCGGGAGCCUCCCUCACCUGCCUGAUCAGAGAGACGGAGCUGCAGCUGUUUGAGCGGCUGGGAGACGGCACGUUCGGAGUGGUGCGGAGAGGAGAAUGGACCGGCCCCAACGGCAGAGUGUUGUCAGUGGCAGUGAAGUGUCUGAAAGCUGGUGUGUUAGACUCAGACGGUUUGGAUGAUUUCAUCAGAGAGGUGAACGCCAUGCAUUCACUGAGUCAUCAGAACCUCAUCCGGUUGCAUGGCAUCGUCCUCACACAACCCAUGAAGAUGGUGACUGAGCUGGCACCUCUGGGCUCCCUGUUGGAUCGUCUCAGGAAGCGUCAGGGCCACAUCCUCAUCUCCUCUCUCUGUAACUACGCCGUACAGGUGGCGUGUGGCAUGGCUUACUUGGAGCAGAAGCGUUUCCUCCACAGAGACCUGGCUGCUCGCAAUGUUCUGCUCUCCACCAAUGAAACAGUGAAGAUUGGAGACUUUGGCCUGAUGAGGGCGCUGCCUACACACACUGACCAAUACAUCAUGGAAGAGGGUCACAAAAUCCCCUUCCCGUGGUGUGCUCCAGAGUCUCUGAAGUCUCGUACUUUCUCUCAUGCAUCUGAUACCUGGAUGUUUGGGGUCACUCUGUGGGAGAUGUUCACUCACGGACAGGAGCCGUGGCUGGGCCUUAAUGGGAGCCAGAUCCUCCACAAGGUGGAUGUGGAGGCAGAGAGGCUGUGUAAACCAGAUGACUGUCCUCAGGAUGUUUACAACGUCAUGCUUCAGUGCUGGAGUCCCAAACCUGAGGAUAGACCGACCUUCAUCGCCCUCAGAGACUUCCUGCUUGAGACAAUGCCCACGGAUAUGAGAGCCCUGCAGGACUUUGAGGAGGAAGACAAGCUCCAGAUUAAAAUGAACGAUGUCAUCACCAUCAUAGAGGGAAGGGCAGAGCAUUAUUGGUGGCGAGGUCAGAACAGGGGGACGCUGCGUGUCGGUCAGUUUCCUCGUCACGUGGUGACGUCAGUCGCCGGUCUGUCCGCCCACGACAUCAGCCGACCGCUCAAGCACUCGUUCAUCCACACUGGACACGGAGACACAGACCCUCACAGGAGCUGGGGACACGCAGAUCGCAUAGACAGUCUGUAUUUGGGGAACCCCAUGGACCCCCCUGAUGUCCUUGGAAUGGACUCGGGCAUUGCAAGACCGACCAAACUCCCCAACCGUGCUAAGAAGCAACCUCCUCCUCGUCCACCGCAGCCUGCUGUUCUCCUGAAGAAGCCGUUCUACGACUCUGUGAUGGACGAUUACGACGACGAUGACGACGCCAGUGCUUCGUCGGGCCUGAAGAGGCUGGGAGUGUCCCUGGGUCUGAAGCUCCGACCGUGGGAGGGGUCCAGCGUGCGCUCAGCCAAAAGCGAGGUGUCGCUGAUCGACUUCACCGAUGACAGCUUCAGCUCGACCACGCCCUCGCCGCUCACUGAGACACAGCAGCCAGAUGAGGACACACUGAAGGACACUCCCUCCAUUCUGGACUGGCCUCUCCCUCAGCCAUCGUACGACGAGGUUGCUGCGGAGCUCGAGGACCAAUCAGAGGACCAGGAGGUGCGGUCUAUCAACAAGAGACUGACUGAAGAGACCACGGUCACACCUACCGCUGCUAUUCCAGGCAGGAGUGAGUCGCAGUCAGCUGACCUCUUCCAAGAACUGCAGAGAGAGGUGAUGGUGAAGUUGCAGGUUCCUAUGGCAACAGGCCGUUCCCUCCCGUCCUCCCCCCUCCCAAUGCCUCUGGCUCCUUUGGGCCCCCACCGACAGAUCUGCCUGCCCCCUCCCUCCCCCUCUUCCACCUUCAACUCCUCCUUCACCUCUUGCUUCGAGGACCGGCCAGUGCUGCCUCCUCGCAGCCCCUUGCCCCCGCUGCGUCCCUCCAAACACAACCUCUCCACCCGCACUACCCACCCACAGGGCCGCUCCAGCUCCAUAUCUCUGGGGGAUGAGGAGGACACGCCACCUCAGAUCCCACCCAGAGACCAUGCCUUUUCUCAGCCAGGCUCCCGCUCCUCCUCACCUCUCCCGCUGGUGCCGCCGCUGUCCUCCUCGCCUGUGGCCCUGCCUCCUCCUCCCCUCUCUGUCUCCCCACGCCGGGCUUCUGGACUCCUGGGCCCCCUCCUUUCCUCCAGCUCCUCUUCGCCACCUCAGGGCACAUCCCAUCCUUCACGCCUUGCAGCUCCUGGCUCCUCCUCCUCCUACUCCUCAAGCUCCUUUCUGGACCCUCUCACCUUUCGUGAAGGACGUGGCCUGUCCUCACUGAUUGACAGCUCCCAGACCUCUGCUCCCGCCCCACUGCGAGAGAGACCAGCUUUUCUGGAAAGAUAUGGAGCAGCCAACAUGGCGGCAGUCAAACCCAUGAUGCAGCGGCAGCCUGGUGGAGCCAAACCAAAUUCCUCCUACAACAACAACAACGGGCGAACUGCAGCUCCCAGCAUGCAGCAGGAACAGAGCAUCGCACAAGUGCAGGGAGCAGUCCAUGGCGUCACACUGGAGGAGUGUAAGUCUGCCCUGCAGAGUCACAACUGGAACAUCCCUCAGGCUAUAAACCAUUUGAAGGUGGAGCAGUUGUUUCGGUUGGGACUACGAUCCAGAAUCGAGUGUGAGGAGCUUCUGCAGCGAUGCCAGUGGAACCUGGAACAGGCCAGCACAGUCAUGCUGGACACAUACGGACCACAUCGAAACAAGAAGUGACAGCAGGAGGACACACUGAGCAGCAAUCAACUACUGAAAAGCCCCUGAUGUCAUUUGGAUCAACGCAUCAGUAACAAUGGACUGCUUCGAUGACUCAUCGCUGCAGAUCUGUAAUGAUUGGCGGAAAAUAAGGCAGUAUACGUGCCUCACUUUAUGUACUGUGAAUACCUGCUACUACAUGUGUCAUACACAUGCAUGCUCAUUAUUAUCUAACAGAGCAGCUUGUUGAAUGAGUCACACUAUUUACUUGAACUGUUGCUAUUUAUGUUUUUUUUUUUUAUAACCUGAAUAAUGAGAAUUUAUGUUUCCGCUGGUAGCUACUGCAAACUUUUAGUGGGGGCGAGUUUUGCAUCUGCUGUGAAUGCAUUGCAUGUUCAGGUGUGUGUAUAUGUGUGUGCACUUUAAAUGCCCAUGCCUUUUCGCUGUUAAAGAAACAAGAUAAAAUCAGGGAAAUGUCAGCUAACGAUAUAGUUGUUCUCGUAUGAUUUUGUGAAAAUGUACAGAUAAGAUGCUGUAUUGUAUAUAGCACUUUACUCAGUGUGUCAGCACACAAGUGGAUAUUUUUGCGGGCAUGUUAACUGCUGGUCAGAAGAAGAUGAACAGUUUAUCUAGUGAGUGCAAUGAAUAAGAAUACUGAUUUCAACUGAUAGCAUAUUGAGUAUUUUGAAUGUAUCAUUUGUGUCAUAAAGCUUUCUGGGCUUUAUGUAGACGUGCGAGGACUGAUGGGUUUCCUUAAAUGAAAGAUCUUAUUGUAGGCAAUAAGAUGCCAAAAUGGCAGUGUGAUGAUAUCUACCAUCUCAUCGUGAAUACAGGGUAUUAGGCACCGAGUUCAACCUCUACAAAUCAGAUAUUUAAUGCAACUUAAAACUGAUGUUCAGUAUUUCUUCGAUAAUUUCUGCUGUAUGAUAAUCACAAACGCAGGCUGAAGAGCUUAGUUGUCAUUCGUCUGAAUAAGUAGGCCACUGCUGAGUGUGAGUGUGUGCAUGUGUGCUUAGCUCUGCAGGUGAGGACAGUAGCCAGUGACUAUUUUAAUAGUCGAUAUAUUGAUCUUGAGUGUGACCAUUCAUGGGAAAUUAUCCGCAGCUAAACAGAAAAGGACAUGAAUAAGAAAUUGUCUGUCCUUGCAGCUACUUCUGGCUUUUAUCAGGCCAUGAGCCACAGAUUAUUCUCUUUUUCAAAAUACAGUUUAGAGCAUAAAAUUAGAAGAAAAAGUAAGCAAACUUCAGAACACACACUGUGGCAAAUACAGUUCUUAUCCAUGUUUUCGCGUGUAUCUAUGUGUGCGCUUGCAUAUGUUGGAAUCAUCCCUUACUCAGUGGCUCAGCUGUAAGCUGUUUCAGCCACACUGUUUUAUGUGACACUGACUGCAUUAUACUGUAUAGUUAGAGCAGCUUAUCAAGGUAAAAUGCAAAC